ACAGAGGACGAGGAGGAGAAGUCCAAGAACGGAGACGCUAAAGGAGAGAGAACCCACUGGGCACCCUGGGAGGGAGACACAUGAGCGGGGAUGGAUGGAGAAAGGGAGUCAAUAGAAGAAUGCACUGAGAGCAAGACUUCCAACCAGCCAGAAACAGUGACUGAGAACUGUACCGAAGACAGUAACACACUCCAGGAGCCUGAAGGAGAUAACAGGGCUAACAGUGGAGCCCGUGACGGAGAGGUACAGCCCACUCAGUGGGUGAAGGCUGCUGAGGAUCCAUGUGUCAGUGAUGCAGAGACCACACUACAGGAGACACUAAACGUACAAAAUGAUGCCGACUGCCUCCCGCUGUCUCCCCCACAAACAGAGGAAAAGGAGGAGGAGGAGGAGGAGGAGGGGGUGACCUCCCACCUGGUGUCACCCCAUCCCUCCAGCUCACCGAAACAGCCACCUGAGCCCUGCUGGUACUGCCUGAGGUCUUUAGACUCGGAGUAUCGUCCACACACUCCUCUACAACAGGAAGAAGCAGAUUCCUCAUCACCACUGCCCUCUAGUGGACAGAAGGUGAUCUACCAGACAGACCCAAGGCCUCACUUCGGCGUGGCCUUCUCCUCCCGCUCCACAUGCCGCCCUCUGUGGGGCAGUGAGGGGCCCUGCUGGGGGCAAAGAAACCAGGAAGCACCCAAACAAACCCACACCUGCCCUCACUGCCAUCUGGGGCUUCCAGCUGACACACUCCGCUGGCAUGAGGCAAAGUGUCUACUAUUUGAAGAGCUGAGGAAUGCAAAGAAAUGAAACAUGACUUGUUAUUUUGAUGUGUACCUUUAUUUAAGUCACUGGUCUCAAGAAAGACUUUACACCUGACAGGUCAAAUAGUGCAAUAUCGCUUUCUUCUAGUAAACAUCUGUCUUUUUAUACCUCUACUUUGCCACAUUCCUUUCUAGUUACAUUUUGAGUUUAAUCUCAGUCAAAGAUGUGUUAAAUAAACUGCAUGUGUACAAAAGCAGCCACUCUCUUUAUUCCCAAUCAUCAGUGUGUUUCACUGUUAUCAAAACCUCAAAGAGGUAAAGCAUCAUCUCUGAGGAAGAAAUGUGGUCAGAAAAAUCAAGUUAUAGUAAGAGU